UUUACCCUGCUAAGUGCCGUUUGGCUCUCUCUAUUCCUCUUUCAUCAUGAAAAAAUGAUAAAAACUAAAACCUCUCUCUUUCUUGAAAACUCUUUUUCAGAUCUUUCAGUAAAAUAUACUAAAGAAGGGUUUUUGUUGAAGUUACAGUAUUUUUUCUGUUGAGGCUUUCUAUCACAAAGUUCUUACAUUGUAGGCGUCAAACUUAUUACUAUGGGAAAAUCUCCUGGAAAAUGGUUCAGGUCUUUGCUGGCAGGGAGAAAGUCUUCCAAAUCUAGCACAUCAAAAAAAUCUUCGAAUGAGAAAGCAUUAGUAAUUUCCACCAACGCGGCAUUAUCUGGUUUGUCUGUCCAUCCGCCUUUGAUAUCUGAGCUAGUUGCUGGUAGUGCUGGUGGAACAAAAGAGGACUCAAACCUUGAUAAAGGAGGGGUCACUGAUGAGGUGAGUCUCCCUUCUAUGAAGCAAGAUGAAGAUGAACAAAAUACAUGUCUUACCUUACCCGAGGAUACUGAGAAAAUGAGGCUUGAGGAAGCUACUACGAAGACACAAGCUAUUUUUAGGGGUUAUCUGGCUCGUCGAGCAUUUUUUAGGCUCAAGGGCGUCAUAAGGCUACAAGCUGCCAUACGCGGCCAUCUGGUCAGAAGGCAGGCUGUUGCCACAUUAUACUGUAUACAUGGCAUUGUCAAGCUUCAAGCACAUGCACGUGGCCAGAUUGUUAGGGGUUCCAGUAUUGGCUGUGAAGUGAUAACCAAACGAGGACUUGGACAACAGGAUUCCAAACAAUUCGAGUAUCAACGAAAUAAUGCAUCCAAACUAGCACAAGAGCUAUCCAAGAAUGAGUUCGCUACAAAGCUACUUGGUUCAUCACCUACUGUUAUGCCUCUACACCUCCAAUACAGUCCAGAGGAACCAAAUUCUAGUCAGGAAUGGUUAGUCCGUUGGACUUUAUCACAUAUUUGGCGACCACGGUCCAAACCAAAAACGCUUUCAAAUACAAAGCAUAAAAAAGUUGAAGCAGACAUGGCUGUGUCAAAGCACAAUGGACGGAAAGUGCUUUCUAGAAAGACGCAGAAUGGUUCAAAUCAUUCCAGUUCGGGGUCAGAAAAGAAGAAAUCAAUUCCUUUAGUAAACUCUGUUCUUCAGAAUCCAGGAAGUGAGAUUAAGAAAGUAAAGCAUAAUUUAAAGAAAGUGUCCAGCCCUAUUUUGGAAAAACCUGUUCAGUCUGAGGCGGACACUGAGAGGAAAAGGCAAAAUCAUGACACAACAUCAAGUGCUCUCGUUCCUGAGGGGAGCAUGACAUCUGGCGAACCGUUGAAAAGUUUAGAAGGGACAACAGAAAAUUCUACUAAUGUGGAGACACCUUCAGAAACACUAGUGAUGGAUGAUACUAUCACUCAUUUGGAUAGCCUUUCUGUUUCUGAUACGCAUCACAAAUCAAUUUCUGACGCUGCUGAUAGUUUUUCUCCAUCUGAUAUGCAUCAAAAAUUGAUCACUGCUAACAGAGAGGAUAGUCCUGUUGCAAAUGACAAUUCUUGCACUAACCAUGAUAAUGAAGGAAAUGAGAGUAACAUGACUAACAGAAGAGUUUCUUUACCUGCAAGCCAUGAUGUAGAUGCAGGUACGCCAACGGCAAGAAAGGUGCCCAGCUAUAUGGCUCCAACCAAGUCAGCUAAGGCUAAGUUGAAAGAGCAAGCCUCACCAAGGUUUGGGCAAGAUGUGUCCGAGAAGAAUGCCCUAAGUAGACGUCAUUCUUUGCCAUCCCCAAUGAAUGGCAAGCUGAGUUCAUCGCCGCGGGUGCAGAGGCUGGUCCUAGCUAGUGCAAAAGAAGGAAUCAAGAUUGAUAGAUCUUUAUCAUCUUCAAGGGAUGGUACUGAUAAGAUGACUCGAGCAGAAUGGAAGCGGUAAUUCAGCAAGAUCCGAUGUGACAGGGAAGUAGUACCCUCCUAAGAAGUAAGAAGGUGAUCACUGACAGAACAAAACUUCAUUUUGUCCAUAUUCCUACUGUUAAUGUUAGAAAACGGAUCAAGUUAUAAGAUAUAGAUUGUGUGGCUUUUGUUGUUAUUGCAAGAGUUUCUUGUGAGUUUGUACUCGCUAUACUUUAGAUAGGUUUGUCUUGUUAAGGCUUAGGCAGGUUGGCUUUGAUAUAGGAUGUGUUGUUUUGAGGCAAAAUCAAUCUGUGUGUGUCAGUCAAUGUUUGCUUUGAAAUGUUUGAGAAUGCCUUGGAGAAAAGUAAUUUGCAAAACACUAUUAUAAAGAAGGUAUAGUUCAUAAUUUUAGAACCAA